UUUUUUUUUUUUUUUUUUUUCUGAUUGCCGUUACUAAUAGAAUUGUUUGUUAUUGUAAAAAUUUAGUUGUGUAGCUAAAUAAUGGACAUUGUUUCUGGUGAAAUCCGAAGUUCUUGAUUUAUUGCAGGCCUAUCUUUUUGUUGACCAUGUCCCAUCAUUAUGUUGGUUAUGCGGAAGUUGUAAAUGAAAUGGAAGAUGUAGACAAUGAUAUGGAUGAUGAGUCCCGUGGCAGAGAUUUUAGUGGCUCAGACUCUGAUGUAAAUGAAUAUGACUACAUGGUUUGUUCAGAAGUUAUACAUGCAGACCAAUCUUUUAUGUCGCCCACAAGCUAUCGAAAACAAUGGAAAUCAAGAUAUUUCUGCUGCUCAAGUUAGGGGUGGCAGAGAUAUCCAAGGGAUUCCCUGGGGACGUCUUGGCAUAACAAGGGAGAGGUAUAGGAAGAAUAGAUUAGAACAAUACAAGAAUUAUGAAAACAUACCUCGGUCUGGAGAGGGAUUGGAGAAGGAAUGCAAAAUCACAAAGAGAGGGAACUCAUAUUAUGAAUUCAGGCGCAAUUCGAUGUCCGUGAAGUCGACAAUUUUGCAUUUCCAGGUCUGUAACAAUUUUUAGCAGUGAAGUUAUUUCAUCUAGUGACCAGAUUGUGCUUUGUCUCUCUAUUCUUCUUUCGUUAUUGGAUAUGUUAAAUUGGAUUUUUAAUAGUCAGAAGUCUUCCUCUCAAUUCCUUAACUAGAGCAAUACAGUUAUUGCUCAAUAGUCUCUGUUAAUCGAAAGUGGAAUUCAUCCUGUGUUUUUUCCUUUCCAUUCACUCG